AUGCCGGGUAAUAAGCACAUUACUGAAACACAGGUUGCUCAGGUAGUUGCUUUAUACAAGCAAGAAGCGUCAACCUCCGAAAUUGCUGCUAGUGUCGGUGUGACAGUCAGAACUGCCCAGCGCUGGAUUAAAAAGUUCAAGGAUGGGGGCGAGAGGGCUCAGCCCCAGGUUGGAACAUCAACAGGGCGAAAGAGGAAACUAACCAAUAGAGACCUCAGAUUUCUUCGAAUUGCUAUUGAGAAGAACCCAAGGGCUUCCUCUAAACAGCUGAAGGAGCAAAACAGGAAAAUCUUCAGUCAUAUCUGUGCCAGAACCCUAAGAAAGUACAUAAAGGACGGCUUAGGCUACUGUUGUCUUACUGCCAAGAAAAAACCGCUCCUGACGAGGCGUCACAUUAGGAAUCGCCUUUCAUAUGCUAGGCGUAUGUUGAAGAAUUUAACCCUCCAGCACUUUAAAGGGAUCCUUUAUAGUGACGAAGUCACAUUCAGAGUGUCCUCAGGCCCUUCGGGGAAGGUUUACCGAUCCCGUAGUAGUGACCCUUACCGGGAGAAGUACGUGAAUACGACCACGAAGCACCCUGAUUCUUUGAUGUUCUGGGGUUGCUUUUCAUACCACGGCAAAGGGGCGUUGGUAACACUUCCCAAGAAUGUUACUAUGAACCAGUACAACUACUCUGAGCUGUUAAUGGAAUAUUUGGUACCGUCAAUGGUCAAAUGUAAUGCAAAGGUGUUCAUGCAGGACGGUGCCCCUGUCAUAGGGCAAAAAAACAGUCACUGA